GCCCCACCGGACGGUUUGAUUAAUGACCCUCGCGAGGCAGAGGGGCUGCUCGGAGAAGACUCUGCCCCCAGCGCGGCCCCCCAGGUGCCUGCGGACGUCGGCUGGUCCUGCUGCGGUGAUCCACGCCGAGCUUGGCCGGCAUCCACGCCUCGCCUCGCAGGAGCCUGCAUAAAAGGCGCGUCCGGCCAGGGCGGGAAGCGGCCGUAGCUUUCGGCUGGACGAGGAUGGAGUGACCCGCGCGGUCCUGGCCACGCCGACCAAGCUCGACGCUCCUCGCCUGCUCGCGCAGCAGAGCCGAACCUCGCACGGCCGUUGCAGGAAAGGGCGCGCGGCGCGGCAAGCCUCCAUGGACCGUGGCGGCCCCGCAGACAGCCACCUGAUCGCCAGCAACGAGCCCGCGCCCCCGGUAGCCGCCACCCGAGACUCGAGCCCGGGGCGGACCGGACCGGGACUGGCGGGCUCAGGCGGCGGCGCGCGCUCUGGGGGCGGGCGGCCGGCGGCAGCGAACGCGGCGCGGGAGCGCAGCCGCGUGCAGACGCUGCGGCACGCCUUCCUGGAGCUACAGCGCACGCUGCCGUCGGUGCCGCCCGACACUAAGCUGUCCAAGCUGGACGUGCUGCUACUGGCCACCACCUACAUUGCGCACCUCACUCGCAGCCUGCAGGACGACGCCGACGCGCCGGCGGACCCCGGACUGGGCGCCCUGCGCGGGGAUGGUUACCUACACCCUGUCAAGGGUGCGGAGGGGAACAGAUGCGGAGAGCGACCUUGGCCCGCGAAGGCACCGGUUGCGAGGUCCCCACUGCCACAAGGCUACUCCUUAACGAAAUGGCCCAUGCGAUCAAGAUUGUAUGUUGGCGCUACUGGUCAAUUUCUGAAGCAUUCUGUCUCUGGAGAAAAAAUAAAUCAUGACAAUAUUCCAACAGACUCACAGCCUUAGGCUCUCCCCUGAGGGGGGGCUGGUAGAAAGUGAUGUCAUUGUUUUUAAAUGAUAUGAAAUAAUUAUAUUUAUUACAUCAGACCUAACAAACAUCAUUUCUGAAAGUUUACAUGUGAAUGCAUAGUUAGAUGUUCAGAUUUAUCUAAAUAAAUGUGGAAUGAAAUAGUAAACAAUGUAAUAAUAAUAACGUAAAACACAUAGCUUAUCUAUUCAGUGUGAGAGAGUCAAUACUAUACAGUGCAGGAGAAACUAAUGGGGAAAAAAAGACACAGGAGAGCAAAGAACUGUGUAUAUAUCCAAAGAAUACUCACAUUUUGUGCAGUGUAUCUAUUACAAACCAAAAAGUUAAUAUCUAUCUACAGUCUUCCUGGUUUUAAAAAAAUAAAAGCUAGGUUUGUAAAACACCAGUUUUUCAUUUUUGUGAAAACCAGUCUGUGCUUAAAAUUGGUCUAAGAUGCCUUUCCAGUUAGAAGGUGUGAGAUCAUUUAUUCCGUUUUAGCUGAAUAUGCAUGAAAAGAUAAUAUGACAAUGCAGCAACUUCUAUAACUAUUUUUCCCUCUUAGAAACCUUGCUCGGAGUACUAGAAAUGGUUUGCUUCCUAGGACAGGGCUUGGCCACCUUCCUAGAGGAUUAUUAAGUAUCUUACUAUGUUUCCAAAUUGUGGAAGGCAUUGGGAAUCCCUGCAGCCCAUGUGAACAGCACACAGGUGUCACUGGGCAGCAGGGUUUGUUACCCCCACCCCCACCCCGCCGCCGCCGUCACUCCCUAUCCACCCCACUCUCCUUCAGGUCCUGCACUAGGUGAACAGGUGUAGCUGCAGUCCCUGAGAGAGAGAGACACGUUCAGGCCUUUCGUGGGCUCCAGUGAGCCCUGUGACCUUCAGUCACAACUUUGGCCAGGUUCCUUCUUCCGUUGUCAGUUGCUGUUCACAGUCUUGGUGCUUAGGAAAUGGGAGAAAUCCUGUCUGACUUAGGAAUUCUGGCGCUGAUUUGCACCUUGAGGGAGUCUGAGAACACAGAGCAACCAUCCUGAGAUACAGGAUGCCCAAUUCGCGCCUACAAGCAGGGAAAGCCCUCUGCUAUGGGCCUCCCCCACUGCCCUGCACAUGAAGUGCCCAGGGAGCUGUUUGUCUGUCUGACUGAAUCAGUGGUUUCAGCUUUGCCAGAACCUUGGGGGUCCUAGCUGUGAAGUGGAGAUAUUUGUCAGGGAACACACAGAAUCUCAAAACAACAGGGUACCGCAGAGACACCUGGAAAAAAAAAAUCGUGGGUCUCUUAUGUCUUUGCUGACUUAAGAUUCCCUUUUAUAUCCCUUUCUUGCUUCUCUCCUCACUCUUUACUGUUCCACUGUCCAGGUGUAAAGUUCAUUCAUUUUCUCGAUAACCAACAGUUUUAAAGUUGCUGGGUUUGAUAAGAGAUUAUUAGAUAGAAUGUGUAUGAAUGGAUUUGGUUGAAUUAAUAUAGCAGCUGAACCACCAUUUCAUUUUCUCUUCCAUUUAACUCCAGCUUUUGGCAGCAAAAGGAAGUAAAAGACUAUUUGAAGGCAAAAACUAUCAUCCAGUUGAUUCGAAGAUGAUCAUGUUUUGGCUCAUGUCCGACAGUUUGUAAUUUUUAUUAUUUUAAUGUGAAUAUACUCCUUGUAAUGUGACCAAAGCAUGUCUGUAAAAGAAAAGGCAUAUAAUAAAAGCUCUCUGUAUAUUAACAUGUAGCAAAAAUGUUUGUAUGUUUAAAUAUUUGUGAGUAUAUUU